CUGUACCUGCCGUAUCUCGUCGAUGCCGGCUUGUCUAGUGUUCUGCCACUAGCCCCUCUUACCGGUGAUCCGGGUUUGAUUACUGCGCUCGUAGAGCGUUGGAGACCCGAGACAUCGACAUUUCACAUGCCGUUCGGUGAGGUGACGAUCACUCUAGAGGACGUUGCGACACUCACUGGAUUAGCGAUCGACGGUGAUGCCGUCAUAGUAGACAUACCAGACGAGGACUGGUCGGCUAUGUGUCUUCGACUGUUAGGACAGGCUCCUACUGAUCUUGGUGGCGGCGUCAUCCGGAUUACUUGGCUCAGGGAUACUUUCGAUGAGCUACCGCUUUCUGCAUCACCAGAGACGACAGAGCAGUAUGCUAGAGCGUAUGCGCUGUCUCUGAUGGGAGGUGUCUUGUUCUCCGAUCGGUCUGGAGGUUCAGUUCACCUGCAGUAUCUACUUUUGGUAGAGGAUUGGCGCAGAGCGGGGAGGUUUGCUUGGGGAGCAGCUGUGCUAUCCUACUUGUACCGUGAGAUGGGUAGAUCGGCGCUGCAGAUGACGGCAUCUUCUUCACUGGGUGGUGACUUUGGUGGAUGGGCCGCCUUGCUGAUGCUCUGGACGUGGGAGCGGUUUCCUCAUACAUCACCACUACAUGCGGUGACGGGUGCGCAGAUUACUCAGGACGCAGUGCCACGUGGCAUUCGGUGGCUUCCGGCCCAGACCCGUCAGCAUGGAGAUCAGUUCUACUUGUACAAGCUGUGGUUUGACGAGUGCCCGACAUUCGUGGUUAGUAUAUAA